CCGUCAUCUAAGACGACGUUAGACACCCGGUCGAUCUAGACGUGCCAGCGCGAUGGUGGUGAUCAAAUUCUCAACUCUACUCCUGCUGGGUCUUGCCGUACUGACCAGCGCCCGAUAUGAGCGGUACAUCUGCCAGGUGAUUGAAGACGAUUGGUGUACCCUGCAGAAGAUCUACAUCACUUCCAGAACGGAUGUGCGGGGUCUCCGGUUUCCGGAUGAGAAGUUUGAAAAGAUUCGAAUCGGGCAGCACUAUGAUUUCGCCAAUACCGACAGUGUGAUCAGUAUUUACUCGGCAGGAUUAUUCCGGAGGAUGAGUCGUGCACGGUAUCUUCAGAUGAACGCCGUAAGGAUGCAGGGUCUGGACAUGCCCGAUACGGUACUGGAGUUGGACGUAUCGAACAAUUGGAUCACCCGGAUCUACAUCGAUCCGGACAAGAGUUACAGUUUGCGGAAGUUGAAGAUGAAGAACAAUCUGGUGACGAGUGUUGCCAGUUUCAAGUAUCUAAACCAGCUGGACGAACUGGACAUGAGUGAAAAUUUGGUGCACAUGGUGAAUUUCGAACUGUUCUCGUUCAUGCCUUACAUACGAAACAUUGAUUUUUCGCACAACCGGCUGUUGGAAGUGCGACCGGGUGACGUUGAGUUGGUCCUGUACUAUUUGGAGCGAUUGGACCUGGCAAACAACCAGCUGAUUGGAAUGGAAUUGAAGCGAUGGACAUUCCCCUCACUUCGGAUGUUGAACAUGACCGGUAAUCCGAUCCAGCGGAUGGAUUAUUUCGAGGUGCAGCGUGCCUUCCCUCGACUGUGGAGAGUGACCUACUAAACUGAUGUGAGUCACAAUAACGGUUGAUCGCGCAAGCGCCAGAUAGUUAACACUCAGAUUGAUCAUCUGAAUUCGCAGAAGUCAUUCGACUGUGAAAAUGUUACAUGAAUCAAGUCCAAAUGGAAUUGCGCCGUGCGAUGUGAUUGAAUCCAGCAAAUCUAUAAUUAUAUUAUGUGUAAAUAAAAUUGAGUUUACAUCUAGUGCAAUAGG